GCCUUCAACAUUCCACAUCUGGUCGUGGUCGGUCGGCAAAACAUGGGAAAAACCACUCUGAUAAACCGUCUGAUUGGGCGAAAUCUUCUCCCAAUGCGCCGCAAUGAAACCGCAAACACCUUACAGGCCCGCACUACAUGUCCCAUAAUACUCAACAUAAGAAACGCCGAGAAGAGCCUCGUGGAGGUUAGAUGCGAUCUAAAUGGUCUUUGGAGGGCUGAGGAAAAUCCAAAGGAUGAUGCCGUGGAGGAAUUUCUUAACAAAGUCACAGAAAAUUUAGCGAAGGAAGAGGGAACUCUAAUUUCGAAAACUCCUGUUAAUGUUACUCUGCAAGGUCCCGAAUUCACGACUCUUACCUUGGUGGACCUUCCCGGCGCUCAUUUCGCCAACGACGAUCCACGCAUGAACAUCGUGACUCAAGAUCUAGUUUUGGAAUACAUCGAGAAAAACACUAACAGCAUUAUCGUCAUAGUUUCCGAAGUAGGGGACCCCACAGGUGACAGUGCAAUAAACCUUGUUAUGCAAAAGGCCUCAGAUUUUAGGAGCCGCACAAUCUGUGCGCUUACCAAACCAGAUAAGUUGAGAGAAUCCGAUGACAUGGGGAAAAAGGUGGCCAUGAAUGGAUCCAGCUUCACACUGGAUGAUAACCGAUUUAUUGUUCUGCGAGGGAAAGAUGGCACAGAUCCAGCUGAGAAGGACUGGGACGCUGAAACGACACGUGUCCAAGAAAAACUAUGGUUUGCGCGGCAUCCUCAGUACAAGGACAUUCAACAUGUUUGUGGAAUUGAUCGACUCAUGGCCACCAUGAUCUCUUUACUGGCUGAGAAGAUGAUCACAGAGAUUCCUAAUCUGGUGACACAAAUGAAGAGGCGAGAAAAAGAAGUGGAUGAUACACUGGUAGAACUAGAGAGGUGUGAGGUACCAGAGUCGAGCGAAGGCAAGGGCGGAGUGGCCAUGAAACUGAAAGAAAAUCUAAUCAGAGAGUUAAAUAAACUUCUUUUCAACAAUACUUCUAACACAGCUGGAGGGGAACGCGUCAGGCAGCUGUUUAAUUCAUUCCAUCGAGAAGUUUUCAAGGUGAAUCCCUUGGAGAUGCGUAAUGACGAUGAAAUACGAAGACAACAAAGAAAGUUGGAGGGCGUAGCUGCUCCUCUUGGAGACAGCAGUGAAAACAGUCAGCUGCUGCAGAGGCUUCUUUAUGAGCAGUAUACAGGUUUUUCUGUUUUUUCGAUAGGAGUACAAGCCAAUGGUAAACCAGUCACGCUUCUGAGCCCAGUUGAUAGGUUGCUACCCCUGUCAGAGAAACUUGUCAGCAAUGUCGAGGCAACUUUGCGAGAUGUUGUACAAAAGGCCAUCGAAGAAACCUUGUCGAAGUUUCCAACACUCAAACAAGCAGUUGAAGCGAAAGUUGUCAGCAAGAUUUUUGAAAAGAAACGCGAACAGACCAUGGAAUUUAUCCUACAGUUCUUAGAGAUGCAGAAAAAGAGCACCGAUAUCGUUUUCGCCCCAAUCCCCACACCUACUGAGAUAAACACCUGGGAAGCGGUCCCCUUUAAAGAUCCCUCCAAGCUUCAUCCAUGCAUGAUGUCAAAGACGACUUCUCACAUGAAGUAUCUCGCGAAAAAUCUAUACCCCGAGAAGCUGCUAAAUGAGAUUGAAGGUUCUAGCCCAAGCAUAUAUAUGUAUAAGCUGCAGGAGGAAACAAAGAACGUCAAAAGGAACGUGGUGCGAUGUUUCAACGUGCUUAAAAUGAAUGUGUGUGACACAGUUCCCCGCUGCAUCCUGCAUUUUUUCGUCUCACAGCUGGUAGAUGAUCUUGACCGCGCUCUGGAGAAAGAAAACUUGGUUGAGUUCUUGAAGGAAAGGAAGGACAUCCGGGACAAGCGCACCCUGUGUAGGAACCAGUCCUUGGCUUUGAAGAAUGCGCUGCCACGUACACAAGACGUCCUGGAUAAACUUCUGCGCAUAAAACAGGGAUCUCCCCAAAAGGACGGGAAAAUGUAGCUGAAUGGAAUGCUUUUAUUACUUAGCCUUUUCAAGAAAUUAUUAUCUAGCUUGGGGUUUCUUUCAAUUUUGCUUGGAAUUCAAAAUAUUAUCGUCAUGCCCGGUUGCAAUCGGUAGAAUAUAAGACCUAAUUAGUUAUAGACAUUUCAUGUGUAUUCUAUGUAGGAGUUAAUUCUGAAUUAUGCUUAACGUAAUAGCGUUUAUUCAAUUUUAAAAUGAUUUUUUAAAGAAGUAUUUAGAUCACUCUCAUUAGCUUUUUUGAUUUUUAAACUUAGUAGCGUUUAGAAUCAAACCCAGGUGCUCGCGUUUUAAUGAUAUGCUUUCACGUUCUAGGGGGGAUCUUUAAAAAGCUCAGCAUACCUUACUGAGAUCUUUACCACCAUAAUAUUCGGCUAUUUAGCAGAUCUAAAUAUAUUGCACCAACUGAUAGGCAAUUUAAUUGUCAGUCAUUCAAAAGGAAACAAUAAAGGCAAGUUGUGUAUU